GGAUGAUUGAUGCUAAAAUGACGACGAUGCGUAUCCUGGCACUGUCGGUGGUAGCGUCCUUCGCAAAGGCUGCCUUCAACGCAUCGGCAUUGCCGCCAGUCCCAAGAAACUUCCCCACGUACACCUACCCGGACGAUUUGAACCUGGCGCAUUCCUUUCCUGUGACCGUGAAGAAGGGUCGAGACCUACUGCUGCCACUUGCACCUCUGAAACAUGCACUGUUCCCAGAGGUGGACCCUGUCGGCAGCUUCUCUCUAGGGGUAUCUUUGAGUGCUUGUGCUGGCUCCAUGUACGUAUCGCUGGUCACCACCGACAACGUCGUGUUCCCACUCUCCACAGCGGCGCUGCAGUGUUUCACGUUCGCCAAGGAGACUCCCUCCACGACGAAUGCCACCAACCUGUGUCCAGUCUUCUAUGGCCCUGACGACCUGUACUAUACUAUCGACCCAUACAAGAUCCAAGGAGUGCUGAUCAUGGCCGACGUGGACAUGGAUUUGCAGGUCGCCGUGUCGUUCGCGUCUUCACUUACGUUUCCCCAUGGCUAUCCUCGCAUGUUCUCAGCCGACUCGUUACCCAACAUGACUCUGGAUGCGACAUCGUCUGCCGUGGCAUUUGAACUCCCGACCACCGUCGACGUCACCUCCUUGGUCGCUUCGACCUGCAAUGACUGCAUCUACACCGUCUUCCUCUCUCCCGUGGUAGCCCAUGCAGCUCCCGCUCCCGUCCUUGCUCCCAUCUGUCUUUUGGCGUCGUCGAUGGCGCGGCUCCCCUUGGACCGAUCCGGAGCCUCGUCAGGCGGACACAUCCCCCGCCUGCACACCUCCGUGGCCAAGGGCGAUUACAUUGUGUACGUCGUCGCAUCCGUGCCGCCAGCAGCCGACGCGACUACAAGACCCGCCGCUCUCUUUCUCUACACCCCCGUCACAGCAUACAUUGCGCACUCUGUCUCAUGGACCUGUAACAUUCUACUUCUCUCUGUUGGAAAAACAGACAGCUCUGAUGAAUAGAGAGUUGUAGAUGUGUUGGUCGUGGCGAUGGCGGUGGCGGCAGGGGCGGCGACGGGGUUGGUUCUGCUUCGACACUUCCACCGCAAGAAAAAGGACGACCGCCGUCACGUGCCUUCGUCCUCGAGGUUUCCCGUUCCAAUAGCGUCGGGCGAAACGGCCGGUCUGCUGCCGAAACCAAGUGCCACCUUUGCCGAGGAUGACGAGAGCUACGACGACGAUUUGGAUGGAUACCACGACAUUGACCACGUCACAGUUUAACUUGGAUGGAUACCACGUCACAGUCCAACGUCCCAUCGGACUAUAUUUGACUUUGCUUAGCAAGUUGCCAUUGUAAUGAAAAGUUUAUUGUGCA